AUGUCUCUUGAGCCCGAGAAAGGUCAGCCUGAGAUCAGCCAGGACAUUUCAGGUAACGAGACUGAGAGCAAGCCCUCUGUCGACUCCCCUAUUAGUGGUGACAUCAAAGACAUCGACUACUCGGUCAGCUGGAUUACCUAUCAGGUCAUCUUCACUGCUGCCCUGGGUGGCUUUCUAUAUGGCUUCAGCGCCAAUGCCAUUGCAGGAACCCUGGCUCAACCAUCUUUCAUUGCCAAGUUCUUAACUGUCUCCGAUGCUGCUCAACGCACGGAUGGACUCCUUGGAGGCUUUCUAGCCGGCGCCAUGGUCGGUUCCAUCGGCCAAGCCCCCAUCGCAAAACAUUACGGUCGCCGUGUCUGCAAUGCAACAGCCGCCAUCAUUGUUAUCGUUUCCGGCGCUCUUCAAGCUGCUUCCGUCAACAUCGCCAUGUUGCUGACCUUCCGUGUCCUUUGCGGUAUUGGUGGCGGCAUGGUCUUCGCCAACUCGCCCGUAUACAUGUCUGAGGUGGCACCACCUCAUGCUCGUGGUGCCCUUGUCGGUAUGCAAGGAGUUGGUGUCGUCACUGCGUACAUUCUCUGCGCUGUCUUCAACCUUGCCUUUAGCUUUGUCGACGCAGCCAUCCAGUGGCGCUUGAUCUUCAUUGUACUGACAGGUAUGGGUGUUGUUCACCUCGGAUCGCUAUACUUUCUACCAGAGUCUCCCCGUUGGCUCAUGGAGCAAGAUCGGGAUGAAGAGGCUAAAGCUAUCUUGAUUCGACUCCACAAGACCAAGUCCGACCCUCAUGGGCUCCUCGCUCAUGCCGAAGCUAUCCAGAUCAAAGCUCAAGUCGAAACCGAGAAACAGCUUCCCAGUGGCUUCUGGUACAUAUUCACAACGAGGCAUCUCUUAAAGCGGGCCUAUUGUUCUAUACUUCUCUGGGUUAUGGCUCAAGGCACUGGCAUUACCGCCAUUGCGAAUCUCAUUCCGGUUCUUAUGGGCAGUUUAGGCUUUGGCGUCACAUUGCAGAUGGCUCUAGGAGUCGCCUGGACAACAUGCUUGGUUAUUGGAUGCGGCUUCAAUAUCCUUCUGCUCGACCGCGUCGGGCGAGUGCAGCUUUUAGUCAUUGGCGGGUUCGGCUCAGCUACUAUUCUGAGUGUAAUGGCCGCCUUACAGAAAUUCUAUCUCGGGUCUGACGAUACCGCUGGCCUAAAUGCUGCUGUUGCGAUCUACUUUAUUUUCGGAGUAUUCUUCACAACAACCAUUGAGUGCACUGCAUAUGUUUACGGAUCUGAGAUCUGGCCUACUCACCUGCGCAGCGAGGGCUCAACCCUGGUUUUUGCGUCCUUCUUUGGCAACGCUAUAGCUUACAGUGCCCCUGUCACUGUUGGCCUUAACAGCAUCGGCUGGAAAUUCUACAUGAUUUUCGUUGCUGUCACUGUGAUCAGCACCAUCGCAAUCUGGUUGACUUUUCCAGAGACACAAGGUUUGCCCCUUGAGGAAAUCAACGCCAAAUUCGGUGACCAUGUUGAGAUUGACCUCAAAUCUGCUGUAGUGGUAGGCGAGGCGGAGCAGGGUAGAAUGGCUGAAGAUAUGACUUACAGUCGUGGGGUUUAA